CUGUUCUCUCUCUGACUAUCUCCCCCAAAUAAGACCAAAAGCUCGCACCUUUGACUCUCCCUGCGUCUGUUCGAGGACUCUGUCUCUCUCCUUUCUUCUUCUUUCUUCCUUCUUCCAUGUCAUCUUCUAUGCUGGGUUCGCAGAGCUUGGUCUUAGCCACAACAGCUAUGGUGGUCUCGAGCACGGUCCUCUUCCUCACCUUCUCUCGGCACAAAAGCGAUCCCGCGGAGCGGCCUCUUCGUUCUUGCUUAUGCUCAGAUCGGAAUAAAUUGGGGCAGAAGAAGAAGAAGAAUAAGAGGGUGAAAUUCGCGGAGAGCGUGAAGGAACCGAGAACGAACGGGAAAGAGUUCAGGAGGAGACAGCGGAGGGACUCUCGUCCAGUGGAGAAAAGCUGCAGGGAGUGCGAGAUUUCUUCUUCACGGGCGCCGGGGAUGCCGGCGAACAGGGCUGCCCUGUACAGUGGAAUCCUCAGGGAUCGAGCUCAGAGGAUGGAGUGCUACUGAAUUCAACAUCCUCGGUUUGGUCUGUAAAUCAAUCUAACUGUAAAAUUCAUCUUCUUGAUUCUCCCUUUUCUCGGUCUGGAUAAUCUGUGUGGGUUCAGGACAGCCAUAACAAGGGGGAGAAAAAAAAAAAGAGAGAGAGAGUGACAGGGGAAGUCCCUUUUUUUUUUGGCUUUCAGGUUAGUCAUUUUUCUCGUGGUUUUUAUUAUUGUUUGUAGAAGAGAAAUCUGGGUGGGCUGUGGGCGUAAAUUGUAAAUAUUAGGAAUUUGUAAUAUAAUUAAUUAAGGAAAUAAAAGAAGAAGAAGAAGAAUGUUCUUCAUUUUUUUUUCA